UCUAGUUUUUUCAGAUGCUGUUCAACUUGCCUACCUGAUAACAUAAUCAAAUACUGAUUUGUUACCAUGGAAAUGAUGAAGUUUGGGGCUACAGUUUUGCUAUUUGUCUGCGUUACUGCUAAUGUUGAAGCUCUUCCGAGGAAUCGACAUGUUGUCAAAAGGCGUACUGUCCCUCCAUCACCAACGCCUCAUACCGAUGUCACAAGCACCUGGCCUUACGGAUUUAUGGAAUUUGUCUCCCUGUGGGCCAAAUGUCGCGAAUUGGAGCUCGUAACGAGCACCGAUGCUAGCGAAGCCACGGGUGGAGCAUAUUGGUCGGACAUGGGAACGAUAGGAAUUGUUUGCACCGAUCUGUUCGUUGCGAUGAAAGACAUGAAGACGGACCUUAAACCAGAGGCAGAGGGGACCGUCAUGGCAGAGUUUAAUGAGAUUUUCCCACUUUUUCAGUGUACAAAUCUUCAGAUUUAUCGUGAAGAAACCAUGGCUGUCCUAAAACACGACGCGGACGCAAUCAACGAUGAUCCAUUUCUUUCAAUGACUGCCCGCCUAGCUGAAAAGUGCGACUCGGUAUUCAAGGCGUACGCUGAUCAGAAAAAGGGAAAUCGACCCCAGAAACGUUUUUGGUUGUUAGACUGGAUUAAAAACGCAAUGAAUGCAGUCGGCCUUGGCCGUUAGAGUCUCUAUCCUGGACAGUGGGUAGUCACAUCAUUAACGAAGCAGAUCCUCUGUGAAGUGAACGGCAACGGCUCUUCUACGCCCUGUGGGAGUAAAAAACAAUUGCUAUUAUGUUUAUACACUUUUUAACAGUUUCUAUCGACAUGUGUUACAUAUUAUUUAUCUUUUUGAAAUUUGUUAACAGUUAACAGUUGUUACAGUUUCUAUUCAUAUGUAUUACAGAUAGUAAUUGUCUUUCUCUAAACUGUCGAUAAUUUCGAUUGGUAUUUGUCGAAAAGACAGCAAAUAAAUUUAUUAAAAAAAAUGAAUAU